GGGAAAGGCCUCUGCCGAAGUGGGAUGAAGCCUGGAAAGACUUGGCCCAUCACCAUUCCUCUGUUCCAGGUACCCCACCCGACCUGCCCUACUUUGUGCGGCGCUCUCGGAUGCACAACAUCCCUGUCUACAAGGACAUCACACAUGGCAACCGCCAGAUGACUGUGAUCCGGAAGGUUGAGGGGGACAUUUGGGCCCUGCAAAAGGAUGUGGAAGAUUUUCUGAGCCCACUGCUGGGGAAGGCACCUAUCACCCAGGUCAAUGAGGUGACAGGUACCCUGCGGGUCAAGGGCUACUUUGACCAGCAGCUCAAAGCCUGGCUCCUAGAGAAGGGCUUCUGAGGCCCAGCUGAGCAGCCUGCAUGACAGCGUCCCCCACAGACUGGAUUCCAGGGGAUCUCGAGGGAGAUUGGUGUUGGAGCAACCAGGAUCGGGGUACAGAAACUAGGGCUGAGAGCUUGGGCAGGGUAGAGGGCUGACGGGCUUCAGAGCAGGCUUGUUUGCAUAAAGGGGGGAAUUGGGACCCUCUACACAGGUGCCAGCACUGGGAGAGGGCUAGCUAACCAGAAACAGCUGAGCUAGUGGGCGUCAUUAGCUGUACCCCCUUGCCCCCGACUUUGAUCUGUUCCUGCUUUCCCUUCAUUGGAGCUCCUUGGGCUCACUUAUUCAAAUUCUGGAGGUUGUUAACUGCCCCUCUGGUGGAAGCAAUAGCU